AUGAAAAAAUAAAAAGAAUAAAACUUCAUAAGAAAAUACCUUUAAACAAAUUUAAGAAUGCUAAUAGUUAUCCAUUAAAAGCAGUAUAAUAUGUAUUAGACACUCACAUAUUUUUUUUUUCUUUUAGGACAAUUACAGACUGCAUUUUUCUAUAUAUAUCCCUGUUAUAAUGCCUCUUUCAAGAUUUAUAAUAAAUUUAUAUUAAUAUACCUCAUAAGACCAGAUUUAUUAUGGAUAGAUAAUUAGAUGAUUGGUAUAGAUAAUAAAUUUUUAUUCCUCAUUCCAUUAAUAUGCUGGUUAUUUUUUGACAUUUUAGUAUUACAGGGAUAAGUGAUUUAUUAGAUAAUCAGUAGAAAAUUAAAUGACAAUCAAAGCAAUUAAAUUGAAAUUUCUGGGUCAUUUUAAAAUAUGGUCAUAAAUAUUAAAUCAAUAUAUUCUUAACUAUUUAUCAUUUACUUUUAUAUUCCAGCUUAAGUAUUAUCAUUUACAUCAUUUGGAGUUUCUGAAGGAAUCAAGAAUAUUGAUAUUACAAUAUUUAGUAUAAUCACUGUAAUAAUUACUUUAAUUAAUCAAAUGAUUAAACUCUAUGUUAGUAACACUUGUUUAGAUUUAACAAUUAAAGGAUAUGAAAGAUUAUACUUUACGAAAUUUGAUUUUUUUAGAGAACUGAUAAUUUUGAUUUAAUUAAUUCUUUUUGGAAUUUUAACUGAUUAUGAUAAGGCACAAAUAGCAUAAGGAAUUUUAAUUUUGUUUGUAAAUUUAACUUAUAUAUUUAAUGUAAUAAUUGAUAAAUCCAUUGUUAUUGAAAGAUUUGCAUAGAUAAUUUUGAUUGUCCAUAUAAGUUUAAUUGCAAUUAUAGCUACAUCACUAUUAAAUUAUUGGCAAUUAGGUUUAAUUUUAAUACCAUUAUGUAUUUCUAUUAGUUUCACAUACCGUUAAUAAGUCAUAAUGAAUUUAUAUCAAGGUAUUAGAUUAGAAAAAAAUGUACAAAAAAUAAUUCAUUAUAUUUCAUAUUAAAUUAAUAAUAAAUAAAGAAAUUUAGAAGGAAUAGAUUAGGUAUCUUAAGCAAUUUUAUUAUAUCAUCAUAGAUAAAAAUGUAAUGAUUAAAUAUGUCAUUGUAAUACAAUUAGAAAUAGCACAGAUAAUCCAUCUAAUGUUCUAUUUUUAUCAUAAAAGUUACAUAAACAAUUUAUAAUUUAAAAAAUUAAACAUUGGAAUUAGGAAUUGAACUAAAAGAAAAAUUUUUCAUCUAAUAAUUCUUUUGUGUAUUAUAUUAGUGCUUUAAAUCAUUUUGGAUUCACUACUUUAGCUUUUUAAGAAUGUAAUCGUUUAUUAUCAUUAUCAACAAAUUAAAAUAGAGGAUUUUUAAGUCAUAGUGAUGCAAAUUCCCUAUCUUAAAGUCAUUAACAAAGUUUUCCUUCAUAAUCAUCUGAAUCAUAGAAUAAAGUUAAUCAAGCUAAAUUAUAAGAAAUGAAUGCUAAAUCUAUUGAAAAAUAAUAAAAAAUAAAAUUGAAUAUACGAAAUAACUUUUUAGAUUAACUUUCUUUAAUAAAACUGAAAAUAAUUAGUAAAGAUAUUAAAUUAGAAUUAUAGAAUAAUUUUCUUAAAUAAUAAACAAAAUAAUAAGAAGAAAUAGCUGAUGCUAUAGAAUUAUAUUUAUAGAGUGAAUAAUAAAAUUAGAUGGUCAAACACAAAAUCUUAAAGUGUUUAUAAUAAAAAUUAUAAUUUUAUAAUAUGAUACUCAAUAAAAAGGGAUUAAGAUCUUAAUAAUUAUUUGAUAAUGCAAAAAUAAUAUCAAAUUUAUUUUAUGAAUUAGAAAAAGAACUAUUAUUUUAAUAUUCUUAAUUUCCAAGUCAAAAGAUUUAAUCAAUAAAUUGUUUUUUUUAAUCAGAAAUCCUUAAUAAUUAUUUAUCAGCAUUUAAAUUAUCAAAUUUUAGUACAAUAGCUGAUGAUAAAUUAAUUAAUAUGAAAAAGAAUUUAAAAAUUAAUUUAUUUGGUAAAAAUGUAGUUCAUAUGAUUUUAUAUUUAUCAGAUAAUUUAUCAACUUUAGUUAUUUCCUAAUUUAGUAAUAAUACUCAUUAAUUUUUAUAAUAAAGUUAUGAAGAUUUCAUAAAAUAAAAUAAAAUAAUUGAUUCAAUAUUACCUAUAGCAAUUAAAAAUGAACAUUAUAUGUUAGUUUAAAGAUUUAUGAAUGAUGGAAAAUGUAAAUAUUUUAGAAAUAUUGAUAUAAGUUUUCUCGAAUUAUAAAAUGGAUUUUUAAAGCCAUUCAAUUUGAUACUUGAUAUUGUUUUGAAUUAAACAGAACAUUUAUCAUUUGCAGCAUUUUUUGAAGAAGUUUCACUUGGAAAUAGUUAUAUUUUAGUUGAUGUAAAUGGUAUAUGUGGAGGUAUAACUGCCAAUCUAUUGGAAAGAUCAGGAUGGAAGGCUUCAGAAAUUAAGUUAAAUUCAAAAUUAAUUAAUACUUCCUAUUAGAUAAAUAUUAAUUAAAUAAUACCAGAUUUUAAUGAAUUAAAAUUGUAAAUAAAAGAUAAUAAAUUUUACAAUGUAUAAAUUAAUUUAUUGAAUAAAAAAUUAUUGAUUGGAUAGGAAUCUCGUACUAUUUUAUCCUUUCAUGAUUUUUGGAAAUAUCCUGGAAAUUUAUCAGUCUAUAAAGGAACAAUAAUAAUAUCAAGUAGAGAAUUAUAUGGAUAUUAUUAUUUUAUAAUAGAAAUAGAAGAUUUAAGAUAAAAUUAAACAUUAUCACAUAUGUCUCAUUCAGAUGGAAAAGGAAUGAUAACAUAAAUAAAUGAUUAAGAUAAUACAAAUGAAAUUGAAGUUAGUGAUCUAGAAGUAUCAUAAACAGAAGCAGAAAUUAAUAAACCAUAAUCAUUAAAUAUAUUUUAAUAAUCUUUAUCUGAAAUUUAAUAAGAUAUAGAGAAUAAUUCCUUUUAGAAUCAUAAAAUGAAUGUAGGGUUAGUUUAACAUCUUGUAAAUAAUAAAUAAUCAUUUGCAGAAAAUAUGAUUAAAUUGAAUCAAUCAUUCAAUAAUGAAUAAUCAUUUGAUAAUCAUAAAAAUAUAGAACAUAACAGUAAUGCUAUUGAUAUUACUCCAAAUUAAAGUAUUCGUAAACUAAUUGAUACAAGUAAAUCUUUUGGUUAAUAAAGAUUUUUUAAUUAAGAGAUAUAAGAAUUAGAUUAAUCUAAUAGCAAAAUAAGUGAAGGAUUUUAAAAUUAGAUGAAGGAUGUUAAUUAAUUAUAUGAUGUUGAUUUAAAUAAAAUUGAUAAAGAAAUGAGAGAAAAUAUUAAAAUGCAAUUACAAUUAGAAAUUGAUUAGAAAAAUUAACCAAAUUAACAAGUUGAUGAUGCUGCUUCUUAGGUUUCUUCAUUAAUUGGUUUAAAGAAAUCUUUAUUUUACAAAAAAUAUGAAUUAAUAAAUGGAAUAAUUGAUAGUACUUUUAGACCUAUCUAAUAUAAAUUAUGUCACAUAUUCUUCUUUAUUCAAUUGAUUUUAAUUGCAAUUUAUAGUAUUAUAAUAUUAUAGAAUUUGAAUACUGAUUUUAAUAGGUUUAUAUAAGAAGUAGAUAUGCUAUUAUUUAGUUAUAGUUUUAUGACUCCUUUUGAUAUAUUUUUAUCCUUAAGAUUCUCAACUAUUUACUAUUAAAUACAAGUUCCAUCCAGAAUGACUGCAGUUGAGUUUGCUGAAUUAUCUAACUGGUUAUCUAAUCAUUUAGGAGAAGGAUAUGAUGAUAUGAAAUAAAAUUUUUUAGAAUAAUUCUCUAAUCCAUAAUUAUUGGAUUUUUUUACUGAUCAAGAAUUUGAGGUAUAAUUUAUGAAGGAAAAUUCCACUUCAAUGGAAGCUAAGACACUUUCAUUUAGAGAAUCUUUAAAUGUUCUAUUGUCUUAUCAAUAUCAAUUUAAAAUUGCAUAUUAAAAAAGGACAUCCUUAAUAAAUUAACCAUUUUCUGCUUAUCCUUAUUUUAAUUAUUUGAAUUUACAUGAUAAAUUUGAUAAUAUGACUAAUGAAAUAUUAGAUUAUACUAAAGAAAGAAAACAUAUAGUUUAAGAUAAUUGGUUAUCUAUUUGGAUUCCAUUUUUAGUAUUGGAUUUUUUAUUAAUGUCAGCUACUUAUUAUUAUUAUACAUAAUAUUUAUCAAUUUAUGAAAGUUUUUUAAAUCUUUUUAAAUUUACAGAUGAAAUUUGGUUAAAUAGAGAUAUUGAAAGAUAUAAAAUUUUAAUUAAUAUUUUAACAAAAAAUUCUGAUGUGAUAUUUAAAUAUUAAUUUGAUUUAGAAUAGAAAGAGAAAUUUAUGAUGGCUGAAAAAUAUAAAAAAGAAUCUAAAAUAAUACAUGAUUUAAAAAAGAAAAAGAAUUAUUAAAAUUAUGAUUAGCUUCCAAGAAUUUAUGGACUUAUUGGAAUUUCUUUUGUAUUUUCUGUUUUCUUUAUACCUGCAUUAUUAAUUUAACUAUAAACAAAUACUUAUUUAUCUAAAUAUGUUAAUACUGCAGACUUUUAUAAAUUUACAGGGGAUUUAUGCUUUUAAUUACCAGGUAUGUUUUCAUAAAGAUAAUUCUUAUAUUGGUGGUCAAUCUAUAAUUUAGAUGUAAAUGAUAAACCAAGAAUGAUUGCUCGAUUAUUUAGUAGUAUUGAUAAUCUAAAAUAAUUCGAUGAAUAUGUACAAAAGUUUAAUUAAGAAGACUAUUUAACAACUCAAAGUUUUAUUGAUAAAUUAAACUAGCUUACACAAAAUCCAGUAUGUAAGUUUUUUACAGGUGAUUAAUAUAAUGACUACACUUUCUAUUGUUCAAGAUCUUUUGAUGGAUCACUAGAUAUGGGUCUGACUCAAGCAUUGAUGUAUGCAGCAAAUUAAUACAAGGUAACAUUUGCUUUGAAUAAUUUUACUUCGAUUGUUCAAUAUUUUAAAUAUGAGUCUGAAGGUAUGUACAUUAUGGUAAAAGGUAUGAUUGAAUUGGUAUCUUCUUUAAAGGAAGCUUUACUAUAAGCCACAUUUUCUCAAAUGGAUUAAAUUAUUGGUUUGAGUGUUUUUCUUUUGGUCUUUCAAUUAAUAAUAUUCUCCUUAUAGUAUUUUAUACUUCAUAAAUAUUAUACAGAGGAAUAUAAUUUAGUGAAAAGAUAUAUGUUAUUAUUACCAUCAUCAACAUUAUUAUUGGAUGAUAAUUUUGAAAGAAAUAUUAGAAUAUUCUAUGCACAAUAUUAAAUUUGA